AUGGCGGAAUCUCCAAUUGAAACACUACCCAGUAAAAGAAAGGCCGAUGAGAUUGUUGAUGACGAAGUUGAGGAAGAUGAGGAAGGGGAGACAACCGAUUCUCCGUUAGAACCAGAGUUUAAAAAGGUCAAGACAGAAGAUCAGCCAGAAGACAAGCCAGAAGGUGACCCUGCUGUAGCCGUUGACGACAAGCGAUGGAAUGCCGAUAUGGAAAUGCCAAAAGAAAAGUCAAGGCCUCACUUCCUCGGAGAGUCUGAUGCACGCCGUAGAUCUGGCAGUGGCACGGUGGACGACCCCCUUAUUGUGUGGUUAGGGAAGAUGCCCAAGGACUCCGAAAUCAAGGAGGCCAACGAGGAUAUUGCACGACGAACUGCCCUAGAGCUCGGGUUAAUCACCCACGUAUAUAUCCGGUGCGCCGCACAGUCCAGUAAGUUUGUUGACAGAGAUGGAAAGCGCAUUCCCAUCUGGAAUCCGGAUACUAUUGCAUUCCAGCACGAAACCAAGGAAGCCGACCCCCAUCUAUCUCUGGCCUUCGGCACGAACUCGACAAGUCUCGUUUUAUACGGCUACGUAAACGUCACCGUUGAUGAGGAGGGAAAGCCAAUCGACUUCGCCACCUCUCGCAUCGAGGACCAUGUUGUCGACGGGGACGACAGGAUACUGGAGAUUUUCGAGUACGAAGCGACGCAGCAAGACUGUGCACCUUACUGCUCUAAGCAUGUUAGUCGCGAGAAGUUGAUCAACACUUGCCCGCUUGCACAAGCUCGCGGCUGUCCUCGUCACGACAUGGAUGGGUUGCUAGACCACUGGUGCCCCCGAGCGCACUGGAGAACGGAAAUAUACGGCGACCACUACUGCCCGUGCUUGCACGAUAUAUCGGACCUCGAAGAUCACUACUGCCCUUGCCAUCAUGAUCGGCUGCGGUGGAUGGAGAAUCGGAAUUGCCCGCAUAAGAUUUCUUGGAAUGCACGAUUAACUCAUUAUUGCCCACAUUAUCCAGUUUAG